GUUCAUUUCAUGAAUUAAUUUCUAAUUUCGUAUAUAUAAAUAAACAUUAAUUGUGGCAUUAUCUAAUACUAUAAUUUAAAGUGGUAAUAUGCAAUAACAAAAUAAUUGAAAAUGUGUCUAUGUGGACGGUGGAAUUAUAAAACUCUCGUUAGAAUCUUGGAGAGUAGUUUAUUCAUAGUUUUGUAAACAAAUUCUUAUCAAUACGACAAUGUGUUGAGUGCUCAGAGUUUUUUUUAUUGCAUCUCUAGGAUGGCAUCUUUUGUUGAGAACGUUACGGUUUCGGUGGUAACUAAUAAUAACAUCGAUAUUAUACAUUGUUCGGAAAAUUUUACUGCUGAAGAACUGUGUAUACAAUUGUGUAACAAGUAUAAUAUUCCGCCACUGACGCGUGCGUUGUUUGCGUUGAGAGUUAAGGGUACCAAUUAUUUCCUCAACGCUAAUAGUGAAGUACUCCAAGGCAGCAGAGAUUAUGAAUUACGAAUUCGUUUUAUGGUACCCAAGUCGAAUCUUAAUAGGUUAUUGGAUGAGAAGACUUUUGAUUACUAUUUUCAACAGGCACGAAAUGAUAUAAAUGAAAAUAAAGUUCCUGAAAUUAAAUAUCCAGAAUAUAAAGAGCAACUGUUGGGAUUAGGCAUCACUGAAAUGUGUCGAGCGAAGACAGAGGAAAACUUGUCACUGACUGAUGUGAUUAGAAAUAGGAAAAAAUACAUCCCCAAGAUUAUAAUGAAGAAACAUGGCCCAUUUCCUAAAAAACGUGCAAAUACUCAUGUUCCUAUACUGUGCCGCCAAGGUUAUACUGUGCACCAUUUUAAAACAUGUUACCUAGAACAAUUGUAUACUUUGGCACCAAACUACUUAGCAGAGGAAUUCCAUAAUGUAUUAUUGCAAAAUGGUGACGAUGUGGUUCAUGUGCUGGUCGUUGUAGCGCCGUUUCAUCAACAAUAUCCUGGUAUCCGGUACUACAAUACGGCAUCAAGGGAGUGUGUUCAUGUAUGCAUCAUAGACGAUUUAAUUUAUUUAAUGAGGAAAGAAGACCUAUCUUUGGAAGUGUCUAGAAAGGGAACACCUUUGUAUUUUAAAUUCAAGACUGAAGAACAGCUUUCGUCUUUCAUAUCCAUCUGUGAUGGUUACUACAGGUUAAUGGUGAAAUGGACAUUCAACCUUUCGAAAGAUGACGAAACGCCGUCGUUGAAAGAAUUAUAUAGACUGAAGUGUCAUGGCCCUGUUGGGGGCGCAUUUUCAUAUCGUAAAUUACAAGUAAAGUGUUCAAACAAACAUGGAUGUUACUUGCUACGACAGUGUCAUGAGGAGUACAACGUAUUUUAUUUGGAUGCGUGUAAUAAAAACAGCACGCCAGAGACAUACAAAAUCGAAUUUAAGGGACAUGGCUAUAUAUUUCUAAAUAAAGAGUACCCCAGCAUCGAAAGUAUUAUUAGCCAACACAAAGUCUCUAAAGGGCGAAUAUUCCUUAAUGAAUGUUUGCCUCCAUCUGAAUAUGAUGAAUCUCAAGUGUUGUUGUGUAGUAAACCCGAGAGACAGGGUGUACAUAUAGACCAGUCGGAACUGUCGGAAGCACUUAAGACCAACAGAAGUCCACGUUGUCUACUUAAUAAGGAUAUUCACUUGUAUAUAGGUUCGGAGAAGUUCGGUGCGGGUAAUUUGACGAUGACGUGUAAAGCAAUUUGGAAAAUAGACGAAACUAAGAAACUUAUUGUCGCGUUCAAGGCUCUACAAAAAGAUGAACAGUUAAAGGGCUUUAUGAAUUUGGCGAGCAAAUACGUAAACAUCCAGUCAAGUUCAAUAGUACGGUUAUAUGGCAUGACAUUCAAUUCUCCUACUGCACUCGUCCUUGAAUAUAUGCCGUAUGGACCUUUGAACGAGUACCUCAAGAGCAAUGUUGGCAAAGUAAAAGCCACCGAGCUGCUGAAGGUAUCGGCGAGCGUGGCGCGCGCUCUGUGGGACUUAUCAGAGGCCGGGGUGGUGCACGGACGACUUCGCUGUCGCCGUCUGCUUCUAGCGGCGGCUGCGCCUGAUCGCCUCAUCGUGAAGCUGGCCGGGCCCAGCCUGCGUCCUUACACAGCUGACGAUGUACAUUGGAUGCCCAUAGAAUUCUUUGAUGACAUGAAUCUGGCGAAGCGAUCAGUUGUCGGCGACAUAUGGGCGUUUGCGACCACUAUCUGGGAGGUUUUCUCGAAUGGGCUAUCUCCUUUGGAAACCAAUCCAGUUAUGACUGCUAUUAGUUACAAAAGAGGCAACCGGCUGAUGCAGCCACGGUGUUGUCCGCCGGAGGUAUGGACACUGGUGCUACAGUGCUGGCAGUCCAGCCCGUUGCGCCCACAGGAGAUAAUGAGGGACCUGAAUCAUAUGCUAUACAGAGAGGAUGCCAAUAUCCACGAAUAUGAACUACCUAAGGUGACCAAUAACAUAGCCAUGAACACAGUUAUAGCAAGCGACAAAUAUAAUUGUAAUGAUCAAAGUGACGCGGGCAGUAACCAAUCACUGAUCUCCAACGGCAGUACAAUAUUUAUGAAUGGCGGUACGAUGCGUCAGCCAAAUGGAAAUAGACUGGCGGUAGGUAUAACAAACGAGGACGUAUCAAGCGUGCCUCGAGAGCCGCUUGAGUUCCCUGUUGAGCUGAAGGUGAGCGAGGAUGACUGGCAUCAUGACAAGCCCUUGCCGAUGCAGGCCAUUGAGUCGCAUGGUACAACUUACCUCGUUAGCUGCAAAGGGAAGAUUGGUGGUGGUAGCUAUGGAGUGGUAUUCAAAGGUAUAAUGUUCAGUGAGGAUGACAAUAGUGAACUUCAAACAACUGUGGCCGUCAAGAAACUCACCCCACAGAAGUCAGGCGCGAAUUUGAACGCAUAUGCUGAUUUCGAAAAUGAAUUAAAAAUCAUGAAAUGUUUGAAACAUGACAAUAUAGUGAAGAUAUUAGGUUACUCAUGGGACGAUCAGACUCCAGACCCGACCGUGUUUAUAGUAAUGGAAUAUCUAGAGGAGAGCUCACUUAAUAACUAUCUAAAGUUUCAAGGCGAUAAACUAAGCAUCUCUCAUUUGCUCAAAUAUGCAACGGAUAUAUCAACGGGUAUGGAGUAUAUAUCGAGUAAGAAAAUAGUGCAUCGCGAUUUAGCGACGCGUAACAUACUAGUCGUAGAUAGAGGUCACGUGAAGAUAUCGGACUUCGGAUUAGCGCGAAGUAUACCUGGCAUGGAUGUGUACCAACUGAAAACAGAAAGGCUUCUACCUUUCAACUGGUAUGCACCAGAGUCGACCACACCACCAUUUUUGUUCUCAACCAAAAGCGACGUAUGGUCGUACGGUGUCACCAUGUGGGAAAUAUUUACGCGAGUCCGGCAAGAGGUGCCCAAGUUCGACGUCGACCGACCCCGAGAACGUGCCUCAUGUUUCCAAAAACCAAGUGACUGCCCAUUGGAGAUAUAUAGGCGUUUGAUGACAAACUGCUGGGAUUUAGACCCACAACGGCGUCCUAAUUUUACAGAUCUUAAACAAACCUGCCAGACAUUCCUAAUUGAGUACAAACAGAUUUCAGACUAAUAAGUUUAUAAAAUACAAAAUUAGAUCUGCCUAUGUAAAAACGUUAAUGCCAUUAUGUUUAACUAUAAAACAUAAUUUUAUAGAAAUAUAUAAUAUUAUAUUUAUAUAUAUUUUUGACCAUAAUUAUUAUAGUCAAGAUGAAGAUAGUUUUGGGUGAUAUAUUUAGAUCUAAUGCCACAUCAAAGCAGAAAACGUAAUUGCUAUUAGAAUCAUUACUUUUUAACUGUUAUUGCCAUUUAAUUAAAGUUUUAUUUAAAGUAAGUUUUAGAUUUGGCAUUUUAGAUUUGGUAAGUCCUGCUAUUUUUUGACAAACAGUUUGCGACUAGUCGACUUGGCAAUAUAUUAAUGAGUAGAGGUCAUUGAUUAAUAACUUUUUAAUUAGUAUGCAUGUACAUAUAACUAUAUAACCCUUAAUUUUCCAGUAGAUGAUCGAUGCAAUAAUAUGAAUCAAUUAUUAUGUAUAUAAAUAUUUUAGCAUUAAUAUUAACAAUUUUCUACUAUCAUUGCAGUCGAUUUUGUUUGUGGGUAUAGCAUAGCAUAGCAGUUGGAAUAAUCGGAUGUGUAAUCUAUUCAUUUUAAGAAAUAAAUCCCGAUUAUAACCUGAUUGUCAACUCGAGUUAUUGCGAACUCUAUUUUGUGUAAAUAUAAUUAUGGAUUUAGCCAUCCAACUAAACAAUAACUUAUUUAUUUGCCAUGUAAUUUUUUUAUUGAAAUUUUAACGAAUUUAGUGACGGCACAAUAAUUUUGUGUAUUUCUCUAGUUUAUGAAUAUAUGUAGAUUAUUUUAAAUUAUAAUACAGUUAAACAGUACUGAAUAUGUACCUACUAAGUAGAAAUAUAUUAAUAAUGCAUUUUAUGGAAGUGAGGUAUUAAAUCAAUGCCUUUCUUUUUAAAUACAAUUAUUUUAAAUGUCUGACUCAUUUUGAAUCCGCAUUAGUUAACUGGAGUAUAGUUUAUAUACGAUUUUCCUUGCCAUAAUUUUAUUUUGUUUCUGUAAAAUAUAAUAUCAAUAGAUUAUUAAGGGAAUCCUUGUAAUAUGUCAAUUUAGUUUUAUCACCGAAGAGACUAAAAAUAAUAUAAUUAUUUCCAAUACAAUUUAUCUAAUCGUAUUUUCGAUCUUUGUUCUUAUCUUUUAGGACUAGGAUAAUGAUAAAAAAUAUGACGAGCACAAGAGGCCGAUAAGUCUUUUAACAAAUAAUUUUGAGUUUGAGUUAAAUCAUCUGUGUUUGGUAUAGUACGUAGAAUAGAAACACCGUAACUUGAUUGAACAAACAUGUUAGUUAAAUAUGUUUAAUCUUAAACGACUGAAAGUAACUUUAUGGUGCAAGCAAAUGCAUGCGUUGUAGAAUCUUACCCAUUUGACAGAAUAAGCAAUAAAAUUAAGAAGUCAAUGAUUUUUGAUAUCAAUUAUUUAUUUCUCAUGUAUGACUUUUUAAGGUUAAUAGUAAUACAGGGAACAUAGUUUGAGACUGGAUUGUUAUAUUAUUUAUUUAUACACCUGUAGAGUUUCCUUGUGAAAUAGGAAUAGUACUGUUCAUACGAAUAGUAGGAAUAAGCGAGUCAUGCGAGUCGUUUGAAUACGAAUACCUUUUUUUUGGUUCCUUUAAAGCAUUUUUUAAGUUCCGUGUGCGUAGUUUAUAAGUUUAAAUCUGUAAAUGUUAUUUUAGAUACUUGUUUUAUAUUGUUCAGUUAGCUAAGUAUAGAUAUAAUUAAUCCUAAGCAUUUUCUUAUUUUUACAAAUACUUGCCGAGAUUUUAUAUCAAUUUAGUGCAAUGAUAGUGAGGUGUUAAUUUUAGUAAACAUUGUCCUUUCGCCCAAUAGAAACGAACAAUAUUUGCCAUAAAUUACAAAAUUAUUAUUAUGAAAUAAUUGUGAGGUAUUUUUCGUUAAGUAAUCUCAUAUUUUAUAACCAGGACUUCAAGUUGUAUUAAAAUUAUUGUCAAACAUUAUGAGUCUGAAUUUUAUUGUUUGGAUUGGAUAAAUUAAAUUAUUAAAAGUAUUCCAUUCUGCAUACGAUAAUUAAUUCGUUAAAGUGCGUUGGGUAUAUUUUUAACCAACAGAUAAAGGUCCUUAUUUUAAUCAUCUAUGUAUUUGCAAAAUUUUACCACUUUGUGAUCAAUUUGAAUUAUUUUUUUGUAAAGAAUUUAAAGACAAAUCAGAUUUAUAUUUAUGUACAUACUAAUUUUGGUACUAUCAAUAUUGUUUUUUAAAUUUUAAUUAUGUUGCUACUAGCAUAUCUUUUGGGACUUCACUGAAUACUGUUUAUUAUCUUACAAACCUCAAUUUGCUUUAAUUGUAAUGAAGUACGUAUGUAUUAUAUUGCCAGUUUUUAUAUGCCAUGAAAAUGAAUUUGUAAUUUAUAUUAAAAUGAAUAUUGGUUUAUAUUAUGAAUCGUCACCCAAUGUCAAUUUUAUUAAUAAUGUUAUAUAUUACAUAAGAGUUGUAAUGCAAUGUUUGUUAAAUCUUGCUUCUGUAACCAUUCUAAACUUCCAUAUUGUAAAUGAAGCAUCAUUUUAUACUAUUGAUAUAUUAAGUAAACUGCUUAAGAAGUGACGAUAUUGUUCUAACAUGAUUAGCGUAGUAGAACAAAUGCUAUAUUCAAUAGUAACUUUCCAUUGAAUAGUAUACACUAUAUUUGCAAUAUAUAUAUUCUAAAUUAGAACUAGUAAGUAAAAUAGUAAUAUUUUACAUAAAACCUGAUUUAAAUGAAACUAAUUGUACGACAUUAAUUUCAUUGACAGAUUCGAGUAUGACUAAAACAAUUUUGUUUUACGAUACGUAUAUACAUUCCUAAUAUAAACUAGCCAGCGAAGUUGCAGUCUAUUAUCAUGUGCCAUACGCGGGGAAAAAUAGUUUUUUUAUAAACAGUAUACGUGACUAGAGUAAUGCGCCUUACAGGUUAUUUUAUCUGGAAUCAAAUAUUAUCUUCAAAUAGAUUAAUUUGCCACUAAAUUACUAUUUCUGUUAUACGAACAUUAUUUCUUAGCAUCCAUUUUCUUCGGUAGGAAAUGGUUAUUUUUAGGCGUUCGUGUAUACUCUUAGACAAUAUUCAAACGUGUUUACUAUCUGCUGCCAAUGUGCGUACUGUACACUACAGAAUUAUAGAUAAUCGUAAUCAGACGGAAAUGAUUAUUACUGUUUAAAAGUAAAAUAUCUUAGAUAUAUUUAAAAAUAUGAGUACAUAUGAAUAACAGUUUAAAUUAUCUAUACAAAACAAAAUUUUAAUAAAACUUACCUUGGUUUUGGUCAAGGUUUACUCUGUGACUUAAAUCUUAAAUAUUUAACUUACAGACAUAAUUGGGCACCGAUAAAACGUGAUCAAAGGAACGGAACGUUUCGGAUAUUUCGGUGAAAUUGUCUACUUAUACUACUUAUACAUGACUUACUUUUACCCGUAACAGGCUAUCCAAUUUAAUUUAUGAGUUUUGUGUCUUGAUAAAUGCAUUCGUAACAUGAGUAAUGGAUAAUAAUUUAAUAUAAGAUGCGUUUCUUAUAAUAAGUGAUUAUCCAUUACCUAAGAAAGAAGAAAGAAAAAUUACAAGUAAUACAUAGAAAUGGGCGGGAUUAUCGCUAUUUCCUUAGACUACGUUUCUCUAAUCUAUAUAGUGUAACAUCAGUCAAGGAAUAAGCAAGUAUCAUUUACUAACAUUUAAAUAACAAUAGGGAUUAUUUUUUUCUCAAGAGUUUAGUUUCUUCAAAUAGAGUUUACAAAUAUAUAUUUUUUUAUCUGGACCUGUUAGUAGUAUAGUAUUUAUUAUUGUAUACUAUUUCAAUUUUUGAAAUAGUAUACAAUAAUAAAUAUUAUAUAUAUAAAAUAUAUAUAAAUAUAUAUUUUACCACAAUAUAUCAAUUUACCGACUGAUUAGAUAAGCUAUGUCUUUACUGAGAUUUAGUGAAACUACGCCAUUAUGUAGCAAUAUCGAUACUUAUUCUUAAUUUUAAUCGUAUGUACUGAAUAUUUACUUUUGAUUUUGUGUUGAAGACCGGACUUUAGAAUGGUUAAAAGCAUUAUUAACCAAAGAUGAUAUUCAUUAAUGUAGAGAUUAAAUUAUUAUUAUAAGAAUAGCUGUUAUAUUUUAUCAUUUACAAUGUUUGCAAUCAUGUGUCAAUUCUAAUUUGUAAAUAGCACAAUUUGAACGUGUGUAGUUGUAUAUUUUAUUAUAGGUACUAUUAAUUUAGAUAAUAUUUUAGAUUAUACUAUAAUAUAUUGUUGAUGUUUUAAGUUGGCAACAUUGUAAUAAAAAAUAUUAUGAUAUGUGAUGACUGAUGUUGUGAUGGAUGGAGCGUUUUCCGAGACGAAAACCGGUGCUAGACGCUGAAAUUGGGCCUUAUGUUUGACUGUUGAUUAUUCAUUGAGACAGUUUGUUUUGGUGAAUAUCGAAAUUUUUCUAAAUCUAGUUUUUACAGCCCGGUUUGUAUGUAUGGUAAACAUAUGUUUAGAAUCUAACUCAAAAUUUGUAAUGGUUUAUGACUUAUGUUUUUUAUUUGAAAUAUAACGUUUUAAUGAAG